UUAGUUAGAAUUCAAUUUAGGUGGUUGUUGAAGUCAGAAUAUUGGUGAAGAUUCUUUAUGGAUAAGUAUAGUGUGGAGUAAAUAUGUGGUUCCUACCUCAUGAGGAAUAUCGAUAUUUUAUUACCACCUUCCAUUUUCUUCUCAUGAUGCGGCAAGAAACAGAUCGAUCCGGAAACGCAGACCUCAAGUAGAAACCGUAUGAAUUGCGCAAGAUUGUUCUAGCACCGCAAUUUCUUUGUAUAAUAUGCGACAAGGUCAUUCGAAGUACAAAUUCCAGUUCACAAGCACUUUCCAGCCCAGUUAUCUGUGUGCUCAUAUUUCAGAGAGGCUGUAAGCUUGGUCAAAGUUGCGCUGACAAAGGAUCAAUUGGAAGAAUUUAAGAAUUUGACAUGGGGCCACCUACUAUCCGUGCCAGACAUGCAAUUUUUAGGCCAAUUCAUCCAUUCUCUACUGUUGAGGCUAGUCAAGGACCAACCUGAAGAUGGCAUGUGGUUCUUGAUUCAAGGGAGGCUGUUGAAGUUUGUGUAUGCUGAUUUCUGUCGCAUAUCCGGUCUCAAAUCAUCAACAGAAAAUCCUGUCUUCAAUGAUGAUGAAGAAGUGCAUGAGACGCUAAUUGACAAGUACUUUCGUGGAACUAAGAACAUUACGUACAAAAUGUUGAAGGACAAGUUGAAGUCAUUUAGGCGUACAAAAAGAGGAGAUCCUGUGAAGCUAGUGUCCGUUUGUUACAUUUUGACCGUUUUACUUGCUCGGGAUAACAAAACCAAGAUAAAUUUGGACUAUUUGAAGUAGGCGGACGAGUUCGAGAAGUUUAAGAUGUAUCCAUGGGGUGUGGAGUCCUAUAACACCAUGAUUGACAACUUCAAAAGUAUCAUGAAAGAGUAGCCCACCAGGUUCAGGAAAAGCAAGGCCACAACUGCUAAGUUUAGUCUAUAUGGAUGUCCUUUUAUUCUACAAGUAUUUUUCUCAUUCAUUUGUAGUUUAAUGUUGAGACAUACAUUUCUAUGUGCACACAGACAAACAUAUAUAUCUUCCAGGGUGACAAAAUAUUUUGGUAAACAGACAUUUAUUUGUGCAUACACACAUUUGUGUGUUUAAACUUUUUGCAGACAGACAUAUUAAAUUUAUAAAUUUUUUUAGGUUUGGGCGUAUGAAAACGUGCCUAACCUAGGAGAACAAUGUGCUGAACGUAUUGGUAAUGAAGAAAUUCCUAUGCUGAACUCGAAGGCCGAUGGAUUCUUUCAUGCACGCAAGUUGAAUGAAUUGGUUUUCAAGGACAAUGAUGAUGAGGAAGAUGAAUCUGAAAAAUGACAACAAGGAUGAAAAAGUUCGGGACAAGGGUUUCAAAGCCAAAGUGAUGGAUGAGAUUCAAGCGCUCCGGGAGCAUGUGGCAGCUUUGGAAAGCAGGUUGAAGUUGAUGGAAGAGAGAUUCAGUGCACAGGGUGGCGUGCCAGAGAAGGCGACUGAGAUUGGUUCUAAGAAUAAGGUAAUGGAAAUGGAAGUUGAUGAUGAUGAGGUUGAAGAUAAAGACCAAGUUGAACAGGACGUUGAAAACGAGCCAACACACGUUGAAGAAGUGGCUGCAGCAGUAGGUGAACCAACUAUGACUGAUGUUACUACAACUUCCAAUCAUAUCAUCUCACCCAUCCUUAUUGAAGUGGCUGAUGUUGUGAGUGAACCAUCUGGAGAAAUGGCUGAUGCAAACCAUGCCACGGACUGUGAUGUUGCUACACCUUCUAAGCAGAUCAUAUCACCCGAUGUUCUUAAAGUGACUGAUGUUUUGACUGAACCAUCUGGACCAAUGGACGAUUCAAAUACAGUCAGGGAGUUUGAUGUUGGUGGUUGAUUCUGAGUUGGCAUCAUCAGGCCCAAUUGAUGAUGCUUAUUGGGAUGAGGUUGUGGCAGACUUGCAAAGUGCUCCCAUUAAAACUCCAGCACCAGAACAAAUGUCGAUGAAAAUACUUGGUAAACGACUAAAAUUCCCAUCCAAGUAUAGGGUCAGCCCUUAUACAGCGCCAAAAGGAAAGCGGUUGAAAGCCAUUGCUGAACCGAGUCACACCAUCAACCCAAUCUUCAUCAAUGAAUCCCUUGAGGAAUGGAAUGAACUUAAGGAUUGGAUUGAGGAUGAUGACCAGCAUCCUCCUUUGAGUGUUGUUUUAAUGAUCCCUGAUGAAUUCGAAGUGAACAGAGGAUUUUUCCCAGACUUUCUCACAUGUAAUAUUUGGUUGGCCACCUAUCAUGUUGAUGUCAUCACCUUCUUGCUAAAUAGUGACAAGGUUGCAGCCAACUGUACCAUUUUGAGCCCAUAUCUCUUGUGCAUCCUAUCAUGAGGAAGGAAAUUGGCAAGGUGAAAAAUUGGGCUGCAGACAAAUUUCUGACCAAACAAGAUUGGCGAUCAUUUGAAAGGGUCUUACUUCCUUUAAACAUAAAGAACAAGCAUUGGAUCUUGGCAGAAGUUGUGUUGCAAAAGUAGUUGGUUCGAGUAUAUGAUUCGUUGAAGAGCGGUAGAAGUGUUUUUCAUGUAAGGGAAUUAUGUGAUCGGCUGCCAUACCUCCAUAGCUUGUUUACGAUGUCCCCGCUAGAGAAGGAAGUGCAACCAUGGGUUGCUGACUUAGUUGAGGGUGUUCCCCAACAGCGGCCAGGCUCAGGAGAAUGUGGAGUCAUGGUUGCAUCGUAUGCAGAACACCUUUUAUUGGGAAAGCCCUUGGCUCCAGGUUGUGAGUAUUCCAACAUGUGGAGCAAGCGAUGUCAAUAUGUUGUACGUUUGUGGGGAGUGAAGAAUGUGGACAAAUCAUAGGAAUUCUGGAAUGCCUAUUUAAUGUGGGAAUGCUAUUUUUUAGGUUGUUAUUGUUGUUGCAAACAUUAUGGAUGUAAAACCUUUGAAUGUUAAAUGUUGUAAUUAAACUUAUUAUGUUAAAUUAAACCUAUUAUGUUAUUUUGUGAAGUUUUAUGUAUGUAUGUCAGCAUAUACAAU